AUGCGUUUCUCCGCUUUCAUUCUUCCUGCCCUGGCUGCCGCCUCCCCCUUGAUCCCUACUCAGGAGUUCAAGGACGGCCCUGACCCCAAGGAAAUCCAGAUCGUCAAUGCAAGCUUCUCGGGUAACGGCUGUCCCCAGGGAACUGUCGUGACUAGCAUCUCGCCCGACAAGACGGUCAUCACCUUUGGCUUCGAUCGCUUUCAGACCUACAUCGGCCCCGGCUUCAACCCGACGGAGCGGACCAAGAACUGCCAGCUUCACCUGAACCUAAAGUACCCGGGUGGAUUCCAGUUCUCCGUGGUCGAGAGCACGUACCACGGCUACGCACAGCUCGACGAGGGCGUCACGGGCACCUUCUACUCGACCUACUACUUCUCUCAGGACGCGCCAUCCACCACCACGACGCAGACCUCCAUCACAGGCGGAGGCAUCUGGGCCCAGGGACAGGUCUACACCAAGACGGACCAGGUCCCCACGACCUCGGUCGUCUACUCGCCCUGCGGCGCCAACGGGAUCCUCAACAUCAACAACCGCAUCAGCCUCACGAGCACCAAGUCCACGGCCAUCGGCAUCAUCUCGGACGACGACGCUACCGUUGCCUUUACCCAGCAGCUCAACCUCCAGUGGCAGGCGUGCAGGAAGUAA